AUGAUGGAAUACGCGCAAUACCCACAACAACCACAGAACGCGCACUCGGGAUACACGAACAACUCCACCUCCGGCAACAUCACCUCUCCUCACGGCGUACAGACGUCACCUAUUUUGUCUACCCAGCAACAGUCACCCACCCAAGCACAGGGACACAACAUGUACCAGCCACAGUACAACGUCCCUCAGCAGGGCAUGCACUAUGCCAUGCCCCAGAUCCAGGCCGCCGCCAUGGCGGCGACCGCAGCGGCAUCGGGAACGAACUACACCUACAACAUGUCGGAUCCUAGCUUGCCCCAAACCUCACCACGAAUGGGCGGACCGAAAAAGGAGGCCAACCGCGAUCCUAGAUCGCCGACCCAGAUGAACAACGUUUCGCAGCUGCCCGGUGGUCAGCGACGCCUCAGCCAGGUCACUAGCCCCGGCGUCCCGGCACAGGGAAUGAUGAACCACGUCGGCGCGCGCCCCGGCGUUGCCCCACCGCAGAUGUCCCAGGCCCAGGCCAUGCAGCACCCGCAGUCCCCCGAGAUGCCCGCCGGCGGCGUUGAGGAAUCUCCCCUCUACGUCAACGCUAAGCAAUUCCACCGCAUCCUCAAGCGUCGCGUUGCACGCCAAAAGCUCGAGGAGCAGCUCAGGCUCACCAGUAAGGGUCGUAAGCCGUAUCUCCACGAGUCGAGACACAACCACGCCAUGCGCAGACCCCGUGGACCCGGAGGACGUUUCCUGACAGCCGAGGAGGUCGCCGCUAUCGAGCGUGACAAGGCUUCUGGCACCGAUGCGCCCAAGGACGACUCUAGCCCCAAGGCCGGGUCAAAGAGGAAGUCCGAGGCCGACGACGGUGACUCCAACAAGAAGCCCAAGACGGCAUCUGAGAGUCCUGAAGAGGAAGAUGAGGAGGAGGAGGAGUCUUGA